UAAGUCACCGCGCAGCCGCACUGGUUCUUCCCAUUAUUGCGCAAGCGCCCUGACGCCGCCAGCCGGGUGGGAGGAAUCUUGCCGAAUGCCAGACUGGAGUUUAGGAAUUUUCUCUGGAACUGCCAGUCAGAAGCUAAUAAAGCAUUCCCCAGUAUGACACAGUCUAGGUCAAGAAAGCGUCACAGAAGUAGUGAGGAGGAUGAGAUGGAAAAUGCGGGGUUGCAGCACCCAAAACGGCACAGUGGAGAGAGAAACGACUUGAACCACCCCUGGUUACCUCAUCAUGCACUGCCAGACAGAAGACAUAACGGUCAUUUAGGGUCAGAGGACAGUUCCAGUAGCAGCAGUUUGGGCUCGCCAGCCCAGUCAACCAAUCAGCAGGCAGCUACCAGUAACAUUAGCCAAUCAGAGGCCAUCCCUCAUCAACUACUCCAUCAGCUGAGUGACAACAGCAACCAAUCAGAAGAGGAGGUUAUUUUGAAUUACUACAGCCGUAUCAACAGAGUAUUACACCAGGUGCAUAUGGAAAGGCUUCAGAGAUUGGGUAUUAGUAAUCCAGAUGGUAAUGAGGAGAAUGGUAUCAGAUAGGUGUCGUUUGACAAACCUUUAUCCUGUCCAAAGAAACUAUUGUUUUUGGGAUUAAUAUGUUCUCACAGCCCACAGUUUUGUGGACCAACUGCCAUGUAUUACCAGGACGUUUACUCACAAUGUUUUAGCACUUAAAGUAUACUGUUACUAGUUGCCACCUUAGAGACUUUGUAUGGUAGAAUUUAAAAUUUGUAGACUUAAAGCUGUUCCAGUGCAAAUGGACAAGGUGUCAUUAUGCUCUCUACAUGUUGUUUUCAAUGGAAUAGAAUAUUUCAUAAGUUUAAUGCACUGGCAAAUACAAUGUUCCACAGUCAUGAAAAUUUGAAGCUGAUAAGCUUCCAUUUUUGGGUUACUUGUACAUGUAUAUGACAACCUUACUUUGAUGAUUUGUGUAAGUUCAUAUAUACAGGGUUAAUUGAUAUUAUCUACAUUGUAUUUCUCGACGAUAGGCAUUUCUUUUUGCUAAAAGGUUAAGGCUUCUUUUGAUAAAGAAAAUUCCAUGUGAAUGGGUAAAGGUUUGACUAAACAUCUACAAUGUAUAUCCUAGCCAUGUUAACGGUCUUCUCACUCCUUUAUACCAUGUACACAACCAAUCGGGUGUAUGGAGUGGUACACAGCAGUUAGAGGUUAAAGUUGUCGACAAUUUGAAGAAAAAUUGAAGUUGCAUAAUGUAUAUCUACCUAAUUUUUAUUUAUGAUAUUCUUAUUUAUAUGGCCAUUAUUGUAACUGCUUGCCACAUUCUAUACCUUUUAACAACACUGUUAAUUUGGGCAGAAAACAAUCUUCAUGCUUACAUAAGUAAUAUUGAAGGACCAAAUUGUAGACACGUAUACACUCAGCACGAAAAGUUUGGAAACUUAAAUUUGAUUGAUCAGUUUUCCCUUGUUACCUUAUCAAUUGUAAUGUAUUAUGUAUCAUUCGGAAGCUUAUUCAUUAUCCUUUACAAUGUUACCAGUCUACCAAAUUUAUUAGAAGUCUGCAUUCAAAGGCCUCAGAGGUAAAUAUGUUUGUCAGUCACAAAACAAUAGUGCCAAAUUCUAUGCCAUCACAGUGUCUUAAAAUAACGGUGGUAUGAACAAGGGAUUCCGGUACAUUAAUAUUAUGUUGCAACCUAUCCACAUAAGUAGCCCUGGUGCUCAGAACAUGAUUAGAUUUGAUGAUAAACUCAAGAAUAUCGUUGUAAAUGAAAAUAGACAUGCUUUGAAAUUACAUACAAUGCAAUGGAUUAAGUAUUCACUGAGAUAUGAUUGACCAAAAUGAAGUUUCCAAACUUAUCGUGCUUAGUAUUCUUGCCACCAUUUCAUCAUUAUUCUUGAUAGUAGAUCUAAUGAUCCUCAACAUAAUUUGUGUAUUAUAUUAACUUUUAUCUUUUGCCCCUGCUAACAUCCUGACCAGGCCCCCAGUGUGAAAAUAUGUCUGUAGCAUACAGUUAUCUAUCGUUGUUUGAAACACUGUUGCAUACCCCAAAAUUAUGUUCAUUUUACAUUAAAAUGUUUCAAUAUGUUCAUGAACUGUGAAAAGAAUGGCCUUCAGAUAUAUGUAUUUGACAUGUUGCCAAGGGUUUGUACAGGUUGAUAGCCUCCUUCAGCAGACUUUUGGGGUUGCACAGGAGAGUUGUUUGUCAGCUAGCUUCACUGUUACAGAUCUCUCCUGCACCACUUCUCCAUGCCUGCAGUUGGAGGCUAAUUUUCAAACAUGUUUUACCAUUAAAAUGUUUACAUGGUUAAGACUCACGGUUAUUGCUCUUGUUCUUAGGAGUAAAACAUCUGAUUCUCCAUGUUGGAGCGAUAAUAUGAACUUAUCUACUGACAAAAAUGUUGGUCAAAAUAAAAAUUGUUUUUAAAGUUUCUUCAAUUGUACAAGAUAUAGCUUUAUCUGUAUGUCACCAAAUGUUGUGCAAAGGAGAUAUUUAAGACUUAGUACUGUAAUUUGGUGUUUGGCUAAUAUACAGGAAAAACAGCACACACACUGCCAUUGACACAAACUUCCUGCCAGACAGAAACCUCAGUGUUGUUUUACAUUUAUAUUGCCAGACUUGUUUUAUUUUGGAUAUAAGUUUUUACUACAUUGCGUGAUGUAUGUACCAUUCAAUAUAAUUUCUGGCAUUUUAAAAAAGAUCUAUUAAGAAUUUCAGCAGUGAUCUAUUCUGUGCUUCUCGAAAGGAAACAUUGCUGCUAUUCCAUACUGUCCUUGUUGAAGUAACUUUUCAACUACAUGUUGAUGUGGUUUGCUUCUCCAAUUUUUACUACUUGUCAAUCUUUACUGUAGUACAUUUGUAUUUGUAAACUGCUGAAAAUACCCACAUUUCUGCGCAUCAUUUUAGGUUAUUACAAUACCAUAGGGGCUCUCAACCAUUGAAAUGUUCAAAUGUAUGGAAACUGUCAUAACUUCACAAAUUGUUUGUUCUCUACAAAAGUCAUAGUAUACCAAUAGGACAACGUAGUAUAUUCUUUUUACCAAGGAAAGUCAACUAUAAAGAUUAUGUAAAAGGUUUCACCAAAACCCAUUUGUAUGUGAUAUUCCUCUUGUUAAAACUACCUGUAUGACAAAAAUUGAUUUGUCUUCCACAGAAUCUCAAUAAAGUUCCUGAAAGUUUC